CUCGCGCUCCGCUGUGGCCGCCGCCCCCGCGGUUGCCGGGUGAGGCCGAGUGGCCGCGAGGCCGGGGAGGAGCCGUCGGGCCUGCUGAGCCCGCGUCCGCGCUGUCCGCGCCCGAGGAGCCUGCCUUCCUGCGCCGCGCGCUCGCUCCGGGCUGUCGAGGGGCUCCCUGCGAGCCGGCCGCACGCCGCGGAGAUGCCGCUCUUCGCCUCCAACCCCUUCGAUCAGGAUGUGGAGAAAGCAACCAGUGAGAUGAAUACUGCUGAGGAUUGGGGCCUCAUUUUGGAUAUUUGUGAUAAAGUUGGUCAGUCCCGCACUGGACCUAAGGAUUGUCUUCGGGCCGUCAUGAGAAGGGUCAACCAUAAAGACCCCCAUGUCGCCAUGCAAGCGCUGACGCUUCUGGGAGCGUGUGUAUCAAACUGUGGCAAAAUUUUUCAUUUGGAAGUAUGUUCUAGAGAUUUUGCUAGUGAAGUAAGCAACGUUUUAAACAAGGGUCAUCCUAAAGUCUGUGAGAAAUUGAAAGCUCUCAUGGUUGAAUGGACAGAUGAGUUUAAGAACGACCCACAGCUGAGCCUGAUCGCCGCCAUGAUCAAGAACCUGAGGGAGCAGGGGGUCUCCUUCCCGGCAGUCGGCUCCCAGGCUGCAGAGCAAGCCAAAGCAAGCCCAGCUCUGGCGGCCAAAGACCCUGGCACAGCGGCCAACAGCAAGGAAGAAGAAGAUCUAGCAAAAGCCAUCGAGUUAUCCCUGAAGGAACAGAGGCAACAGCCAACCCCACUUUCCAGCUUGUACCCCAGCACAUCCGGUCUCUUAACAAACCACCAGCACGAAGGCCGGAAGGUUCGUGCCAUAUAUGACUUUGAAGCUGCCGAAGAUAAUGAACUUACGUUUAAAGCAGGAGAAAUUAUUACAGUUCUUGAUGACAGUGACCCUAACUGGUGGAAAGGUGAGACCCAUCAAGGCCUGGGAUUAUUUCCCUCUAAUUUUGUGACAGCAGAUCUCACUGCUGAACCAGAAAUGAUUAAAACGGAGAAGAAGACAGUGCAAUUCAGUGACGAUGUUCAGGUGGAAACCAUCGAGCCUGAGCCAGAACCAGCCUGUAUUGAUGAAGAUAAAAUGGACCAGUUGCUGCAAAUGUUGCAAAGCACAGACCCUAGCGAUGACCAGCCAGAGCUGCCCGAGCUCCUUCAUCUUGAAGCAAUGUGCCACCAGAUGGGACCGCUCAUCGACGAGAAGCUGGAGGACAUUGACAGAAAGCACUCGGAGCUCUCAGAGCUUAACGUGAAGGUGAUGGAGGCCCUUUCAUUGUACACGAAGUUAAUCAAUGAAGACCCCAUGUACUCCAUGUACGCAAAGCUACAGAACCCGCAGUAUUACGUGCAGACCCCUGGCGUGGCUGGGUCUCAGGUGUACCCGGGGCCUCCCCCGAGCGGGGCUUACCUGGUGGCGGGGAGCAGCCAGAUGAGCCGUCUGCAGAGCUACAGCCUUCCCGCCGAGCAGCUGCCUCCCCCGGCCAGCCCGGCCCUUCCCGGCCAGCAGGCCCAGGCGUCUUACCCCAACGCCAUGGCCGGGCCCGUCCAAGGACACGCGUACCCCGGCCAGGCCGCGGUGUUCAGCCCGCCCCCUGCCGCCGCCGUGGCCGCCGACCUCACCGUGUUCCCGCCCGCGGGGAGCGGCGUGGCCCCGCCGCCGGACUACACCCCGCCGCCGCAGCCCUACCCCCCGAAGGCCCUGCUGUAGGCCCGAGGCGGCUGGCGGCGAGAGGACCCGGCGCCCAGGACCUCCCCGGUGGGCGCAGGCAGAGCGCCGCGCAGUUUGCACUGACUGUUCGGAAGCCCCCACCCCCGAGGAAUGAAGCGACUUACAUUUAAUUCCUGCCUUUCAUAAUACGGAACAACCGAUUCCAGAGUGUCUCGUAAAAUUACAUGGUCUGUAAAAAGUCAGACUUACAAACCCUGUUGUGGCAAAUACUAUGUACAUACUGAUGUGUAACUUCCUAGGCCAUUUUGCUUCACGAUGGUGAUCAUGUGAAUAUAUUUAACACUUAAGUUAAUUUACAUUACUAUUUUAUUUUAAUCAUGAACAACUACCAUGUUCUGUAACAUUUUGUGUAGAUUUAAGACAAUUAGCCUGUCCUUCUAGACUGCAGGAGAACCCAGUGGUAGCAUCUUGACGUGAAGGCAUCGUGUUGUCCCUGUUUCGGCUUCAGGUUACACCAAACCUUUCACUGCUGCGAGGGAAACGCGUCAGCCUCUGUGCACGGGCUGCGGGCACACCAGCGUGCGGGAGUCAAGUUUUGGUGUGAUUAUAACAGGAUAACUUUCCCUUUUAAAUAUUGGCAUCUUGGCAGGAUUUUUCAGAAUAUUGUGAGACCCUGAGGCAAAUUAAGUAGAAUUACAUUCUUUUUAUCUUAUUUUAAAAGAAGUAACGAUUUCCCUCCUCAUAGUUAAAGAUAGUUAUGAGGUUUCUAAGCUAUGAACUGUGUCUUUCAGCGGCACUGGAGACGCGCUUAAACUGGAAAGGAGCACAAGUUACACUACAGUUGACCAUCUCUUGUGAUUAUUUAGGGUGUAAACACAAUUUAAUUCACCCGUCUUUUAAAUCUGUGUCUCUAACACAUUGUAGCCUUUAAUUCUUUAUUAAAAUGAAUAUAAGCAGAUGUUUCAAAGUAAUUUAUAUUUCUGACUUUGCAUAACAAUUUUUGUAUUUGUUGUCUUCCAAAUGGAUUUUGGGGCUGCUCUAUGGGAUUCUAAUAGAAUUAUGUUGGCUUCCUUUCAGAAGUAUUUUUGAAUUUGAGUAUUUUUCUUUUAAUUUAUAUGAAAAAUAUUUUCCACUGGCAUUUAUUUUAGCCUUUCUUCUUAAAUAUUUGUAAUUCCCCUGGUUGUACUAUAUUACUAUUUAACACUUUUAUUUAAACAACUGAAAAUUUGAGUCAAGCAACAUAUUAGGCACAUUGAUUUACCAAGUUUUGUGCCAAAAGUAAAAAUUUAAUUUUUGUUUUCUGAGACUGUUGUUAUCAGGUAGUUGGUUUGCUUCCUUUCUCACAAAGGAUUCCAUCUGUGGAAGUCCUCUCUUAAAUGGUGACUGAUUUCAUAGGUUCAGAUUUAAACACCAUCUUCAACUUAAGUGCUUCCCUCUCAUGGUUGGUGUUCCUGUUUUAAUUUUGAUACCCUUCAUGUGGAAAAAUCAAUUACAGAUUCUCUAGAAUGUUUUUGCCCUAUAAAAGCCAAAGAAUCGUGAAAUGAAAAUACUCUUAUUACAAUAUGUAUAUGUUUUUCCUUAUCUAUUGCAUUACUAGGCUUACUUGGCUUAUAAAGUUUAAAUAAUGAAUACUUAAAACA